UGUUAUUGUUGUUGUUUUUAUCGAAGUUGAUUAUUCCUGUUACGCGAAUUUGAGCUUGUUUGCAAUAUCCAUAAGAUCGAGGCUUCCAUUGUAUAAUAGAUGAGUUCUGAGAAGAGACGUAGGGCCCGUGUUCAGGGGUCCUGGGCACCACCGCCACGCAAACCACAAGAAAAGAAAGAAGCAAGUAGAGCCAUGCCAGAAGUGGGUGUAUCAUCGCCAGUCAGAAAACCUCAACCUCCACAGUUUGCUUACGUUGAAAGUGGACAAGCUAUUCGAACACCACCACCAGUUAUAAGGAUUGAGAGUGCAUCUGAUGAAACUAUUAUCAGUGAUGGACCUACUGGCAAAUCUAUACUGAGGUACUACCCACAGUUUAUUGAAGAGAAAGAACUACAAAGAAUAUUCCAAACAUUAUGUAAAGAGUUGCCAUGGAAACAAAGAUUUGAUGUCAAGCGUGAUGGUACAUCUUACAAACAGCCCAGAAUGACAGCUUGGUAUGGGGAUCUGUCGUAUGCAUACUCUGGCGUUGUGUUACCACCGAGUGAAUCUUGGCAUCCAUUAGUGCUUCAACUACGCGAAAGGAUAGAAAAAAAACCCAAGUACACCUUCAAUUCAGUCUUAGGAAAUUUGUAUCGUAAUGAAUAUGACAGCGUGGACUGGCACAGUGAUGAUGAAGCUGGACUUCGUGACUUCCCAAUCAUUGCAUCUCUUACGUUCGGCGACAUGAGAAUAUUCAAAAUGAGGAAAAAACCGCCAUUGGAAGAGAAAGGGGACUACACAUAUCAACAGCAUAUCGAGGUGCCACUGCCUAGUGGCAGUUUACUGAUAAUGGAAGGGGCAACUCAAGCCGACUGGCAGCACAGCAUUCCAAAGUCAUAUCAUAGCAAGGGUCCUCGAGUAAACCUGACAUACAGAACUAUAUACCCGGUGGAGGAGAUUUAAGUACUGUGAAAUUUGUAUUAGAAGCUGUGGUUUCUGUUAAAAUGGUACAAUG